AUGGAUCCACUACCACCAGUAAGCCGUAUCGGGUGGGACGACCAGAAGAUUAUGAGAACAAGACGUGAAUUGAACUCGGUGAAAGUGAUCAUGAAGGAAAACGUUCAAAAGAUUAUGGAGAGACAAGGAAAAUUAGAUGAUUUGGUUGAAAGAGCUCAAAAACUAGAAGAAGCAUCGGAUGUGUACGUCAAAUGUGCAGUCAAGGUAUAUCUGAAGUUUGAAUAA